AUGAAUACUCCAGAUUCGGACUCUCUUGAAAUCAUCCUGUCAUGCUACCUGCAUGCCAGUAGUCAAAGAGCCAACGUUGUGCCACGAUUUGCUCACCGGCUAAGCAUUUGCGAGGCUUGGUCGAUACCCCAAGGAUCACGGCUGCUCGAUGUUGGCUGUGGUCAAGGAGACUCAUCGCUCGUCCUUGCAACAGCUGUUGGUCCGUUAGGCAGCGUGACAGGGAUCGACAAUGCGCCCCCAGACUACGGCGGACCCUUCACUGUAGGCCAAGCUCAGAACCAUAUUCUGUCUUCGACCCUUGGCAAUCGAAUUGUCUUUCAGCGCAGCGAUACGACUGAAUGGCUGAGAGCACGUUACAAGUCGCUUUCUGAAACGUCUCCACCUGCCUCCUUGUGUUCUGUCGAAGCGCCGCUCGAAGAUUUGAACUCGCCUGUCGAAAACCAGCAGCAGCCCUCGGUUGAAUUCGACGGCGCCGUCUUCUGCUACAGCAUGUGGUACUUCCCUUCAACCGCUGCUGUUCGCGACCUUUUGGAGGCUUUGGCCGCAGCGGGUGUUCCGCGCAUUUACGUAGCCGAAUGGAGCGGGCAGGCUAAAUCGGCAUCGCAGGAGCCUCAUGCUUUGGCGGCAGCAGCAGAAAAGAAGCUUUAUUCCCUGCGGCCCGCUGACUACAUGCCCCGGCUCGACGAACAGAACAUCCGGGGCGGGGCUUUGCUCCCUGACGAACUGGUGGCCCUGGCACGACAGGUUGGCUGGUGUGUUACCAGACAGGGCUCGCUUCCAACACCCUUGGCUAUCCGUGAUGGGUACUGGGAAGCUCAGUAUCUGCUUCGAGGUAGAUUCACACAGGAUGUCGAACAAGCAGUGAAAGGCGCGGCCGACAGAGAGGAGAUGAUGAAAUGCCGGGAGCAAGUCGCGUCAGCUAUCGAGGCCUUGGAAGCGAAUAGAGGCAAUGUGGAGUGCAUGGAUACUGUAUGGAUCGUGUUGGAAAGGAACUAA